AACUCUUCAUCUGACCACAUACACACCUGUUCGUCUGCCUUUUACUACUGCUAGGCUAUCUCCUGGAAAGAUUCACUGCACCCAACAUGACUCACAGGUAUGCUGCUGCUCACCAGACACUCCAUGGCCCAGGCGACCAACGUCCGACUGCGCUGCAAGUCAUCAAGGAUGAAGCCCUUGAGGGCAAGUUCGAGGACAAGGUAGUCCUCAUCACUGGGUGCUCUGCAGGUCUUGGUGUGGAGACUGCGCGAGCAAUGCUCUCAACGGGGGCCACUCUCUAUCUUACCGCCCGAAAUCUCACGCGCGCACGAGAAGCCCUUGGCGCAAUUGCCGACUCACCUCGAGUGCACCUCUUGCAAAUGGACCAUACUUCACUCAACAGCGUUCGAUCGUGCGCAGACCACUUUCUCAAACAGUCAAAAUCGCUGAACAUACUCAUCAACAACGCGGGCAUAAUGGCUACCCCUGAGGUGAUCACUGAAGAUGGCUUCGAGUCACAAUUUCAAACCAACCACUUAUCUCAUUUCCUCCUCUUUUAUCUCCUGAAGCCCCUCCUUAUCGCCUCAGCCACCCCGGAGUUUGGCUCGCGCGUUAUCAAUGUCUCAUCGCUCGGGCACCGCCGCGGCCAACCAGAUCUCGAUAACAUCAACCUCACUGGCUGCUACGACAAGUGGAGAGCUUAUGGGAGCAGCAAGACCUGUAACAUAUGGAUGGCGAAUGAGAUUGAGCGAACUUACGGCUCAGAAAAUUUGCAUGCGUUCUCUGUUCAUCCAGGUGAUGUCGCCCAUCUUCGAAGUCAAAACGGUUUCGACGAAAGUCUGAAAUCACCGGAGCAAGGUGCUGCUACAACAGUCUGGGGUGCGGUGGCUCGGUGCUUAGAGGGGCGUGGCGGAGAGUAUCUAGACGAUGUGCAGAUCGGACAACCGUGGACCCCUGAUCAGCCUUUUGCGUUGCCAGGUUGGGCGCCCCAUACUAGGGAUGAGACGAGGGAGCGCAAACUGUGGGCACUGUCUUUGAAGUGGGCUGGACUCGAUCAAAAAGAUACCUGAGGCAGGGCUUGCCGUUGAUCAUGGCGACACAUUCCUUGAUUGACGGCGAGGCUUAGUUGCAUCCCCGUCUGCAAUCAAGGUUUUUCAAACACUAGAUGAGCUUAACUUAUAAAAGUGUUAUAUGACUAUGUAAGUUUAGUAUCCCCGAUACAUCAACCUAUCUACACUGCACUGUCGGUGCACCGACGUUCUCAAAACACUGGCUCACCUUCUCAUGUCUGCGGAGGAACAAAGAAGCUGAAUGAAUUGAUAUGCGAGAUGAAAUUUUAGCCUCCUCUAUCUGUUUUAUAUCUAUCUUCUCCGCACCAUCGACCAAAUCAUGAAAGAUCUACUGCAAUGGUCAUGCACUCAAGAGAAAACAACGCCUGGAC